AAAAAUGGGCUUCCGUUUCACAAGUGCAUUUGGACAGAAACAAACAUUUUGGAUGAGACACUUUCUAAUAGGAAAAUUGUUACAUUUUCUAUCCAUAAUAUGUUCACCUCCAAUAACAAUAUUUGCGAUCUCUUUGCCAAUCGCGUCAUAAAGAUGUGUUUUUAACAAGAUGAAGCAAUCUUAUACUCUCCGUUUAGCUAUCCAUCACCGUUCCACACUCCAGCCCAGUAUGUGAAGGGAAUGCACCAAAUAUCUGUUUGCAAACCACCAUAAAUCUCUAAAAGAAGAAGCCGCUGUUAUCGCGAUAUCUUGUUGUGAAGAAAAGGCGGAUACGUUGAGAGGCAGGUUACCCAGGCAACAACCGCACGAACUGUAAACAUUCAUCAGCUUCUGUUCUUGUUCAAUUUGAAGCAGGUUAGCAGAUAUUUCCAGACACAACUUUUAAGGUCACAGAUUUAUCAUGCAGACACCAGAUUAUUUGGAGAUAGACCUCAGUAGAUUGGUGAUCCACAACGAGAAGUUCCUGAAUAUUCUGGAAGAAGUGAUGAAACUCAACUGGCUUCAUGAAAGAACCCAGCCGGGGAAGUUACAAUUGAUGGCAAAGACUCUUAGUUCCCUUGCCUCUCGUGCUGUGGAGAACAAUCAUUUCAUCGAUCUUCAAGUCCUCCUAGAACAUGUGGAUGUCAAUUCUGAAGACUAUAUGGGAUAUACACCUCUCCAUACAGCCUGUCAGUUGGGAAAUGGAGAAAUGGUUAUGUUCCUACUGGACAAUGGUGCAGUGAACCGCUCUAAACAUUGCCCAUUACACUUGGCCAUUAAGAACAGGAAUUUUCUAGUUAUCGAGCUCCUGAGGUGGAAAGGGUUCACUGUUAAACUACACCCAGUGAGAAUUGGCGUGGAAUUGAUCCAAACAGUACGAAAGAGAGAUCAUGCGCUACUGCAUGCCUGGUUUCUCUCAGGGGUGGACAUGGACACCUCUGACUACAAUGGGUGGACAGCAAUGAAGGAGGCUGUUCGCUUGGGGGAAAACACCAUGAUAACCAAGCUAGUGCACUACAGAAGCACGCCACUGUCCUCUGUGCCCGUGUACAGGAGGAGAAGAGUCUCGCUUUAAUCUUUCCCCUUCUGCAGACUCUCUGCCCUGUACUGUAGAUAAACUUGUAAAUAGUUCUGUUCUUUUUCUUUUUGUGUUCUUUUGUCAAUAAGAUUGGUGUUUUAUCUGCGUUAUAAAUGUGUUUGAAUAAACUUUAUAAACUAA